CGGGCUGGCCGGCCUCUCUGCCCACUGUCCUCUCUCUCCUCCCCUCCAGCAUGGUGUGUCUGUGGUGCUCCAGAGGUCCCUGUGUGGCAGCUGUGAUCGCGGCGCUGGUGGCGCUGAGCCCUCCCGUGGCUUUGGUCCGGGACCCCCGACCACAUUUUCUGUUGCAGCUGAAGGCCGAGUGCCAUUACUUCAGUGGGAGGGAGCAUGUGUGGAGCGCGACCAGGUUCAUCUAUAACCAGGAAGAGUUUGCCCGCUUCGACAGUAACCUUGGGAAGUUCCUGGCAGUGACUGAGCUGGGGGCGCCCAUCGCCGAGGACCUGAAUAGCCAGAAGGACGUCCUGGACAAUUAUCGGGCCUCAGUGGACAGGUGCAGAAACAACUACGACCUUGUUGAUAUCUUCCUGCUGAAGCUAAAAGUUGAGCCCAAGGUGUCUGUGCACCCUGCAAAGACGCAGCGCCUGGAGCACCACAACCUCCUGAUCUGCUCUGUGAAUGACUUCUACCCGGGCGACCUUGAGGUCAGAUGGUUCCGGAACGGCCAGGAGGAGAAGGCUGGGGUCUCGUCCACGGGCCUGAUCCCCAAUGGAGACUGGACCUACCAGGCCCUGGUGAUGCUGGAGACGGUCCCCCAGAGCGGAGAGGUCUACGCCUGCCGGGUGGAGCAUCCCAGCCUGAGCAGCCCUGUCACCGUGGAGUGGAGGGCUCAGUCAACUUCUGCACAGAGCAAGAUGCUGACCGGGGUCCUGGUCCUGGUGCUUGGUCUGUUCUUCCUCGUGAUGGGGCUGUUUGUCUACCUCAGGAAUCUGAGAGGACUCCUGAGCUGAGCUGAGGUGACAAGACAAAGGAAGGAGUUCUCCCCGUCUCCAUAUCAUGAAAACCUGUCCUGCUUGGCCCACAUUCCUCCAUUGCUGGUGCUCUCCCAGGAUUUGCCUCCUCCUGUCUCUCUGCUCCCUGGUGGCUGCUCAGCCCCUGGACAGAAGGCCCCUCCUGUCCUGCUCCCUUGUAUAUCCUGCCCUUUGUCUGGUGCAUCCGAGUCUAUUCUGUGACAUAAUCCCUUAUCACAUUUCCCCCAAACAAUCAGUUUUGGGGACAAGCUAUAGAAAGCAGAAAGGAAUGGUUAUAUCCCCACAACAUGGCUUUUAGUUACAAAUAUGUGAGGAAAUUCAUAUGCUGAAUUCAGGAAUUUUAUGUGCACGUGUAAAUCAAACACCACGCUCUACAUUGUAAUUACAUAUGUAGUCCUUCUUGGCUUGUAGACCAGGUUGGACUCGAACUCAGAGAUCUACCUGCUUCUGUCUCCAGAGUGCUUGGAUUGAAGCAUGUGCCUCCAUGCCCAGCUGGCUUAAUCUUUUAAAAUUAUUAUCAGUUAAGUUAUUUAUUUACUUUACAUUCCUAUCACAUCUUUCCCUCCUUCCUCUAUUUCCAGCCCCUCCCUCUCCUCUCCUCUCCCCCCAUACAUCUUUUUCCUCUUCUCCUCUGAUAAGGGAAGGCCUCCCAUGGAUAUCAGCAUCCUUGGCUUACCAAGUUGCAGUAAGACUAGAAGCACUUUAUUGAGGUUAGACAAGGCAGCCCAGGUAGGGGAAAGGAUCCAAAGGCAGGCGACAGUCAGAGGAGCCCCUGCUCCUGCUGUUAGGAGUUCGCGUGAAGACCAAGCUGCACAACUGCUACACAUGUGCAGAGGAUGUCUGUCCGUCCCAUGAAUGCUCCCUGGUUGCCAGUUCAGUCUCUGUGAGCCCCCAUGGACCCAGGCUAGUUGGUUCUGUAGGUUUCUUGUGGUGUCCUUGACCCCUCUGGCUCCUCCAAUCCUUCCUCCCCCUCCUCCACAGGAUUCCCCAAGCUCUGCCUGAUGUGGCUCUCUGUAGCUGUUCUGCUCUGAUGGCUGUUAUGCCAGGCUCCUGUCUGCAAGUGCAGCAGACGAUAUAUCACCAACAGUGCCAGGGGCGGGCUCCCUCUCAUGGCAGCGCUCUCAGGCUGGACCAGUCAUUGGUUACCUCUCCAUCCGUUUCUGCUCAUCUUUACCCCUGCACAUCUCUAGGCAGGACAAAUUGUGGGACAGAGGUUUUGUGGCUGGGUUGGUGUCCCAAUCCCGCCACUGACAGUCUUGGUUCCUGGUUAUGGCUGGUUCAGGCUUUAUAUUCCCCAUUGCUAAGAUCAUUAGGAUCUUAGCUAGGGUCAUCCGCGUAGAUUCCUGGGAGUUUCCAUUGCCCGAGGUUUCUAGAUCUUUCCAGACAUGCUCCCACCCCAUCCAGUUGUCCUUCCCGGUACUCUCUCCCUCGAUCCUCCCUCAACUUCAUCCCUCUAUUCCCAUCCCCACUUCCUCCCCAACCCUGAUGUCUAAUCUAUUUCUUCCUCUCUAUGAGAUUGGAGUGACCCCUUCCCCAUUGGGUCCUCCGUGUUACCUAGCUUCUUCGGGUUUAUGGUUUGUAGCAUGAUUAUCCUGUGCUUUGCGACUAAUAUCCACUUAUAAGUGAGUCCAUACCCUGUGUGUCUUUCUUGGUCUGGGUUACCUCACUCAGGAUCAUCUUUUCUCUGUCUAUCCAUUUGCCUGCAAGUUUCAUGAUGUCAUUGUUUUUAAUAGCUGAGUAAUAAAAAUACUCCAUUGUAUGAACAUACCACGUUAUCUCUACCCAUUUUUUCAGUUGAGGGGCACCUAUGUUGUUUCCAGUUUCUGGCUAUUACGAAUAAAGCUGCUAUGAACAUAGUUGGGCAAGUGUCCUUGUGACAGGAUGGAGCAUCUUUUGGGUAUAUGCCCAGGAGGGGUAUAGCUGGGCCUUGAGGUAGAUUGAUUCCCAGUAUUCUGAGAAAGCACCAGAUUGAUUUCCAAAGUGGUUUUACAAGUCACUCCCACCAGCAGUGGAGGAGGGUUCCCCUUGCUCCACAGCAUGUGCUGUCACUUGAGAUUUUGAUCUUAGCCAUUCUGACAGGUGCAAGAUAGAAUCUCAGAGUCAUUUUGAUUUGCAUUUCCCUGAUGGUUAAAGAUGUGAACAUUUCUUUAAAUGCUUCCUGGCCAUUUGGAAUUCCUCUGUUGAGAAAUCUCUGUUUAGAUCUAUACACCAUUUCUUAACUGGAUUAUUUGAUUUGUUGAUGUCUAGUUUCUUCAGUUCUUUAUAUAUUUUGUAAAUCUGCCAGAUUUGGGGUUGGUGAAGAUCAUUCCCAUUCUGACAGCGCCCUCUGCUUUACAGAAGCAAAGUGUCAGUUUCCUGAGGUCCCGUUCAUUAAUUGUUGAUCUUAGAGCCUGCGCUGCUGCUGGUGUUCUGUUCAGGAAGUCGUCUCCCGCGCAGAUGCAUUCAAGGCUGAUCUCCACUUUCUGUUCUAUCAGGGUCAGUGUAUCUGGUUUUAUGAUGAGGACUUUAAUCCACUUGGGCUUGAGCUUUGUUCAGGGUGAUAAAUAUGUGUCUGUUUGCAUUCUUCUAUGGGCAGGCAUCCAGUUAGACCAGCACUGUUUGCUGAAGAUGCUUUAUUUAUUCCACUUUAUAUUUUUGGCUUCUUUAUAAAAAACCAGGGGUCCAUCCGUGUGCGGGCUUAUAUCUGGGUCUUUGUUUUGAUUCCAUUGAUCAACCUGUCUGUUUUUAUGUCAAUAUCAUGUGUUUUGUUUUGUUAUUACUAUAGCUCUGUAGUAGAGCUUGAAAUCAGGGAUGACGAUAUUUCCGGAAGCUCUUUUAUUCUAUCAGAUUGCUUUAGCUAUCCUGGGCUUUUUUGUUCUUCCACAUGAAGUUGAGUAUUGCUCUUUCAAGGUCUGUAAAGAAUUGUGCUGGAAUUUUGAUGGGAGUUUUGUUGAGUCUGUAGAGUGUAGGUAGGAUGUUAAUCCUACUGAUCCAUGAGCAUGGGAGAUCUUUCCAUCUUCUGAUAUUUUCUGCAAUUUAUUUCUUCAGAAACUUGAAGCUCUUGUCAUACAGGUCUUUCACUCCCUGGUUAGGGUUACACCAAUAUAUGUUUUUGUAUUAUUUGUGGCUAUUGUGAAGGGUAUUGUGUCGGAGUAUGGUCUGGUGCUUUGUAUUUGUUAAUUUCUUGACCCCAAGACUAUUACUGUUUAUGAGCAAACUGUCAUGUACCCCAAGUGUUGCUGUUCAACCUUGCCUAAGCCAUUAUUCCUGAAUGUCUAGUUAGGCCUGGGCAGGGAAGAGUGGGGUAGUGUGGCCAAAGUUGGAGGCCUUUGGGAGAGAAGAAUCAAGGGAAUGAGACAGACAGGCAGAGAGGAGGGAGGAGGAAGCUGCCAUAGGUUAGGUAAAGAGAUAUCCAUGUGGGCCAGGAGGAAAAACUCCAAGAAUGGUGUGGAUGGAGACAGUGAUCCAGAUGAAGAACAUUAGCAAGUGCUUGGGAUUAUGGACCAGAGGGAUCCAGAUGGGAAUGGUUAACACAGAUGGCCUGGGAUGCGGCUGGAUCGUGAGGUACUGUUGGUGGAUUAUCUGCCCAGCGCAAGGUAAAUAAGGCAAUUAUAAACUCUAACAGGUGUCUGUGUCUUAUUGAUUACGAUAGCAGGUUAGAUAAUACUGCUGUGCUAACUACAGGGCUAAUAAUGAAAACAUAUUAGCCGAAUACUGUGUAUUGUCAGCAACAGUACUGUUUCCCUAUCUUCUUUCUCAGCCUGUUUUUGUUUGUGUAUAGGAAGGUCAUUAAUUUCUUCAGUUAAUUUUGUAUCCAGCCACUUAACUGAAGGUGUCUAUCAGCUGUAGGAGUUUUCUGGUCGGAUUUUGGGGGUGACUUGUGUGUACUUUUAUGUCUCCUGUGAAUAACAAUGCUUUGACUUCUUCCUUUCCGAUUGGUAUCCCCCAGAUCUCCUUUAGUUGUCUUAUUGCUGUAGCUAAAGCUUCAAGUACUAUAUUGAAUAAAUAUGGAGAGAGUGGGCAGAGCUUUGUCUUGUUCCUGAUUUUAGGGGAAUUCCUUUGAGUUUCCCUCCAUUUCACUUGAUGUUGGCUAUUAGCCUGUGACAAAUUGCUUUUAUUAGGAUUAAGUAUGUCCCUUGUGUUCCUGAUCUCUCCAAGACUUAUAUCAUGAAACGGUGUUAGAUUUUUAUUAAAGGCUUUUUCAGCAUCUAAUGAAAUACUUAUGUGUUUU